UUUACCAAGGCGAUCUGGUUGCUAACACUUGGAAGCUUCUACCUCCAAAAUCUGGACACCUCAGUGGUCCUUCUUGUUCGAGAGGACAAGUCUCCUCCAGUUGUGCCACCACUCCCCUACAGCCCUGAAUUCCCUGCUGCCCAGAAUCCCUCUAACUCCACCAGGAUAAGAGGAUGGCCUACGAAAAAUCAGGAGAUAUCUCUGAAAUCGCCAGGUCAAUGAUCAAGCACCCAUGGCUAGACUAUGAAUACAGGAACGAAGAACUCAGAAAAGCCAUGACUCGUGCUCUACCGCCCUUGUCCUACUACAAGUCACCAAAAGAAGAGUUUCCCCUAAGACCAGAGUUCUGGCGGCAGCACCGGGGCAAGCUAAACUUAGUCCCUUACUGCUACUCCAAGAAGUUUGAUUUGUACGAACACUGGCACACCCUGUUUGAUCAGCGAAAGGAGCACGAGAACCAGAAGAUGUUAUGGAAAAUGAGAGACAACAGUAGGUAUCUCAAAGAAGGUACCCAUAUCCAAAACUUCUAUACCCCCAUGAACAAGUUGGUUCCAAAAUAUCAGGUGGGAUCCAGAUCCUUUGAACCUACCGGUGACCCCCAGAAGUGGCAAAGAUUAAAGGAACUUACAGAAAUGCUGAAAUCUCCAAGAGAGGAGGAGCAGUCCUAUGCAGCACACGCUCUGGGGUGCCUGGGCAGCAGAGACCAGUUUGUCAUAGAGGCACUGUGGCAGACGGCCCAAACUGGUACAGAGAAAGUGAAGUAUGAGGCCUAUCGAACCCUGGCCAUCCUGGGUUGCUUGAAUAAGCACGUGAUCCAGGCUUUCAUCAAAGAGUUGAAGGGGGAAAAUGAGGGUCGAAGGAUGGAGACUCUGAUGGGACUACGAGCAGCUCUGAAUUCCUGGGCUGCUGCCCCUAAAGACAAGAGGAUUCAAGUCGGGGAUGAAGAAAACCUAGCAUGUGUGCUGCAGACACUGAUAAAGAAGUCAUCACAUGAAGCAGCCCUGGAGGCAGCCCUGUGCUUAGGUUUCCUGAGACCUGGCAACAAAAUGGCCCAAGAGUUCUUGCUGCAGUGCCUGGGCCAAAGUCCCAAGACUCAGCAGAUGAAGGCACUUAGGAUGCUGGUUAAGAUGAUGCAUGUGCACUCAGUUGCAGUCAUCAGGGCCAUUCUGGACCAGUUAUCUUCUGCUAUUAUCCUUGAGGACCGUUUUGAAGCCACCCAGAUGCUCAGGAUCAUUGGGUUGGAAGAGAUCCAGGCACAUGGACUAGAAGAAAUCACAUUUGACCUGCUCAAGAGGAAGACACAUGAUGAACCCUUUCUUGCUAUGAGGCAGGCUGUGGCUGAAACUGCAGAAGAGCUCAAGAUGAAACCUAUGAUGCUGAACUUGAUGGAGGAGCAACUGAUGGACCCAAAUGCUGCUGCACGCCAGGAAGCAGUCACUUCUUUGGGUGUCCUGGGGAUCCGUGGUUCACAGGUGUUCUUCUUGCUCAUGGAUAUGUUAGACACGGAAGAGAACCAGGCUGUGAAGAAAAGCCUACAAGAAACAUUAAUUCUCUGUGCCUCAACUGAUCCCUGGAUCCAAAACAUGCUGAAGAACAAGGUUUUCUAUGUCUAUGAGGCACCUAAGACCAAUGAGAAGGCGAAGCCUACACGAUUCUGGAAGGAGCCUGAGAACCCAGAAGAGUUAAAUAUUCAAGAUUUUCGACUUGCUAAGCUGAACCCCUUGCUUAUUGCAAAGUCCAGCUCCAAGUCAGAUCAGAAGAAAAAGUUACCUGCCUUCCCACCCUGUUUCCCUAAACCACAAGAAAAAAGGCCACAGACCACAGGCCCCUGGGCGCCAGGGAUAAGGAAACAGUUAAGAAUCCUUGCUAAAACCUCCAAAUAAGUCAUUGCUUGAUCUCAAACUUGGCAUCUCCCUAAUGACAUUCCUCUGAACAAGUAAGUCAGCUUUUUGGG